UCGUUUUCCAGAAACCGUUGAGAAAAGUGCAUUUUUGAAGGAAGCGCUUUGUCGGGAGUACAGGCGCGCGUGGUCAAAUCUUCUGUGGACUGUUUUUUUUUUCAUUAUUUCAGUUUUUGGGACAAUUAAAUUUGUGAAAAAUGUACAAUUGUAUUUAUCAAGUGCGUAAUCUUAUCUGAUCUAUUAUUUUGGUGUCGUGAAUUAAAAAUUGUGUUGAAGAAUAGUGUUUUACGACGGGAAAAUAGCUUUUCGGAUGUCGAAAAAGGAGUAAAAAGAAGCAUUAGGUACUCAAGCACCCACCGAGGAGGGCGAAAAAGCAGAAGACUUCUUAGUUCUGAUAAAGUCGUAAGUCGUAUAGCAGUGAACAGUUUAUGGACUGAUUGCAAUUUUUACAUGGUCUGUCCCUGGGAUCUGUCCUAAAGAAAAUGUCUUGACGAAGCAAAAGAAGGAAAACUAGGUUUUAUCCGUGAAAAAGUUUGCACCCGAAAGGUUUUCCUCCGCUGGGUAGUGGCCAACUCGGCACGGCACGGGGGCGUAUGGUAUGAUGAAUAUUGAUUGAAUUAAUUACAAAUUGAAUGGAAGGAAAAGUUUUUGGAAGAGAACGUGCAGUUUUGUCGUAAACCAACCAACCUGUGGCAAUUCAUAGUAUUUGGAAAAAGUGGAUAGUGUUGUGCAAGAAGAAGAAAUUGAUGUUAGUGGUGGCGUUACAAUUUUUGGAUGAGGCGAAACGAAAAAAAAAACUUGGAAUAGUCAGCUGCGUACAGUUUCUCAAGCAGAGGAAAUAACAAACGAUAAUAACGAAAACAACAAUCAUUUCAUGAGCCAUUGGUAUGCAUCUAGAUAUGAAAAUAUUCUAAAAAAGGUUCCGUUAACGUUGACUGAUGAGAGGAUAUGUAUUAAGUAAAACUUUCUACGAGCUAUCAAAAUUUCAAAAGGCAAGAUUGUUCAACCCGCUCCAGUGUAGUUGGUGGUGGUUCGUUCAACUUGACCCGAGAUUGACCGUUCGGUACUGACGGGGCGUACUGUGACCCUACAUGGAGAUUUGGAGGACAUCCGUGCUGUCGAUAUUGUCGUCGUCUUAAUGUGCUUACCUCGCUCAAAAUUCGUUACCAUUAUCGACGGAUGCUGACGAUGCAAAUGUCAGGUCAAUCGUCAUCGGGUUACUGUAGUAGUUGCUGCUGCUGCUGCUGAUGCCGUAUUCAAUUCAAACGAGGUUGCACAGAAAACAAAACAACGCCUUCCGAAGAUGUAAACUGGAACGAAUCUACAGAAGGCCGCUGGUGAAACCCAUCUGUGAUUCCAAAUAGACGACAAGGUGAACCCGAGACUAAACACCAGACGCCAUGGAUACCAUAGAGGAAGUAGUGACUAACAAAUUGACACCGGAUGACAACGAUGUCGGCGUGGAAGUGGACCAACCGCCGAGAUCACCGGCCCUCGUGACGGAUAAUGACACUACCAAGUCCUCGCAGGACUCUUCCUUUACGGUUACUGACUAUAACUGCUCAUCACUGGUAGAAACUGCCGUCCUCGACUGUGAUAAAGGUGCGUCAGAGGCGGUAGUUGUGAGUACGGCGGAAAUUAUCGAGCUUAUCGGCUGUGUUGACGGCGAUGGUGGUCUUCCCGACAAAGAUGUUAUUGAAGCAGACGUAGUAAAGGUGCUGAAUGGGGGCGAUGGGAGCGACAGUGGUGUCGAAUUCGGUGGUAUCAGUGUUUCGUUGAACGAAACCGGGAUACUGCAACGAGCUUUAAGCAAUAAUAGUGCCGGGUACGCCAGCAGCUGUUGCGGACUGGAGGAAAGUAACGGAGUUAGUGUAUCGUGUAAUUCCAGUAUGAUUAGUUAUAGUUCGGACGCAUAUGAUAAGACUGGGAGUACGAUUCUGCUUGGGAGUGGUAGGUUAAGUAAUGAUUAUUGCGCUAGUGAGGGCGGUAGUGAAAGUUCCUCGGUAACGGGUGGGCCGGUAAGUUCGUUGAGAAAGUCAGGAAGUACCACCAAGAAGAAAGUAGCUAUGAAGGAACCGCUGACGACCAGAUCACCGAGAAAAUCUGCCGAAAGUAGUUCUUCGGUAAGAAGCAGUUCACGGUCUAGAGCUUCCUCCUUGGGACGAUCGGUUUCAUUGAAUUUAAAAACACCUCCGUCCUCUGCAUUAAAUGUUCGUGAACGAGCAAGGUCACGAGAGAAAAUAACUACUUCCAAUGUCAAUAUAGGGAAAAUUGCUGCCACAACAAAGCAAGUACAACAAGUCAGACGUCCAGGAAAGCCUGAUUCAUUGCCAACUGGUAUAAAAGAUAGCUCGCCAGCCUUACAAAGGCUCAGCGCGUCCAGAACGCCAUCUGCAACCCGUGGAAGAACUCCAUUGGGUACACCCACGGAUGAUGGUCGUUGGCCAUCAGUGGGGGGUAAAGGCAACACAACACCUCGCAAUUCUGCUCGUGCCACUUCAGUAGCUCCUGAAACAAUCUCAAUCAAAACUCGCGUCGGGACGAUAGCACUGGAAGCAAAAACCAGUUGCCCAUUAGACAAAUACGGCACUCUUCCACGACGUGGAAAGGAACGGUCUGCUGAUGAUUUAAAAGGUUCAAGCUCCCGUAGUGAUUCCGCAACCCGUGAUUCAAAUCGUAUGACUUCCUCGCUAAUCAAAAAACUACCCGUUUCCAAACAAGAAACCCCCACGAGAACCAUGCCCAGCUAUCCUAGGUUAGUAGGUGUAACUAAAAAGCUAGUCCAGAAAACUAAGAUCUAUCAUGAAACCAGUGUUCAAACGGCAAUCACCUGCAAGGAUGUGGAAGAUGCCUUCAGCGGUAAAGCCAAAGAUAUCAAGGUUGAUGCGGCUGAGAUGUGCCACAAACAUACGCAGUCCGACAUCCGUGAUAAGGAGAUGGAGAAGUUAGAGGAGAAGCUCAAAAAAUUGACAUCGGAGUAUUCUACGUUGAUGACCAAGCAUUCGGAAAAGAGUCAAAUGGUGACGGCAUUGGAGCAGAAGCUGCUAAAAGAACGCGAAGAAAAGUUGGCCGCCCAGAAGGAACUGCAGUGCAACAGCGAACGAGUUCUGGGAAUGCUAGAAUCGGUUCACGGGGUUCCUAUUGAAACUGGAGAGGACUGUGACAGUCUGUUGAUCCUGGAAUCGCAGCUGCAGCAGUCCGGAACGGUCCUGGAGAAGAAGCAGGAGGAAAUUUCCAAACUGAAAAGCAUUUGCCGCACGCUCCAGAACGAUAUGGAACGGUCGCUGAAGAAUCAAGAGGAACUGUUGAGACAGAAGACUGAGCUGGAGGAGGAAUCGUGUGAGAUGCAGGACUUUCUUCAGGCCGAAAAGGCUUCCUGUAUGGAUGCGCUAAAAGAUGCCGAGGUGGAGAUUUCCCAGCUGAAACAAUCGCUGGCCCAACGGGAGAGCGAAAUCGAUCGGCAGCAGGACGAGUGUCGGCAUUUGGUGCGGAUUGGAGAACAGAGAAGGCAAGAGUUCCUUGGAAUGCAGGCGAAAUAUAAUGCAUUGGAAAGUAGGUCGAAGGACAUUCUGCUUCAGCAGGGCGCUGCCGUAUCCGGAGCAUCGGUGGCAUUAUCGGGAUUAGGCUCACGAUUGGAUCAUCUAGUGGAGCAGUUGAUUGCUUCGUACAACAUUUCCGAGCAGGAUUUGGAGGACGUAAUCUAUCACAACGAAGCGUAUACCAACAGUAGUAGUGGCGACGGUAGUCCCGAAACCGAACAACCCGGUGGAAGCUCUCAACAGCAGCAACAUCAGGAUUCGCCUCAGAAAUCGUGUAAGAAUACUACCCCGUUGUCUCCGCAGCGAGGUCAAUCGUUCAUAGCAGCUGUGAUCAGUGCGAUCAAGAAUGCAACUAGCAAGUCGACAACGCUGAAAUCAAAUGCGUCCGUUACUGUUUCUCGCGACAAAAGGGAUAUUUGCGGUCACGAAUCCGAUUCGACGGAGAUGCUCGAUUCUGAAACCGAACCCUGUUUGAUGAUGGACAAUGUACUGGAGGACGUCACGAUGCCCGAUUCCCACUCGCACAACAUGAUGUCGUCUUCGACGCGUAUUUCCCAGAUCGAGAUGCCAUCUUCGCUGGAAAGCGGGGCCAACAUGAUGAUCUCCCACGACGAAUCGUUGGACAAUCUGUCGCAGGCGAUCGCCAACCGGCAGCAAAUCGAGCUGCAGUCCAGUAUUAUAGCCAGUGGGCGGUCGCCACGGUUCCGGCGUUCGUGCAGCGGAUCGGAGCAGCGAGCCGACCACACCACAGCUAGUCAUAGCUCGUCGCUGGAGGAUGAUGAGAACAGCUGCUGUGCGGAGGGGGUCUCAAUGGGCGAGAUGCCAUCGAUCUGCGAGUACUGCAACGCCCAAUCGCUGGUCGACCAGGUGAUCGAUGUGGACAAUCUGAUAACCAAGCUGCUGAAGGUGCUGCGAAUCGUGCAGAUGGAUAACGAUCACUGCAUUCAGGAGCUGGUGUGCCACAAGAACAAGCUGGCGUUAACUAACGAAGAGAUUCAGGAUCGCGUGAAAGAGUACGAAGAGCUUAACGAGCAACUGCAAGACAAUCUCAAAGAUGCCUCGCAACAGUUAGUGGCACGUGGAAACGAGCUAGUCAAGAGCAAAGCUGAACUACAAUCCCAUCGGAUGGAGAUUGAUAAACUCAACGAGGAUAUCUGUCAGCUGAGCACCUUGUGCAGUAACAGCCAGAAUAGCAAUACGAUCUCAUCUGGCGGUUUGUUGAUCAACCGCGAGGACAUCAUCAGCGCUCUCAAGCUGUGGAACAACGCUGAAACGAUUCCAGAAUCGGACCUAAUACAGCACGUUGUACAGGCGUGCAACGAGAUUCCUAAGCUGAAAGCUCACCUACGAGAAAAGGAACAGCAGGUUACCUCGCUGAUGAACGGUGGUGGUGCCAAUUUGAUGAUGACGACCAGCUGGCACCAGGCGCUAACGGAGGCCAAACGUCAGUACGAUGCGAUCGAUCGAGCGUUAGAAACGCUCCACAGCGUACAGUCGGUGGUGGAGCAAUCGCCCGCCCUGAUGCAGCUGCAACGGGAUCUGGAGGAAACUAACUUCCAGGCGAUAUCGCUGGUGUCGUUGCCGGCACAACUGAUGGCCUCGCCGCUUCAUCAUCAUCAUCUCCACCAGAACGGAAACAUCGGUUCCGCCACCGCGACCAAUGGCUCUGGGAGCGCCGGUAUGGAUUUGAACGCGAAUCAAACCAAUGGUAAUAGCAACGGUUCGGUGGCGGUAGUAGGGCUGCAGCUCAAUCAGCCUGAUUUCAUAGAUUCGACGGCAUGACGGUAGGAUGGCGGUGCAUGGAGCCGAAUUAAGUGAGAGUCCCUGUCGAAGGUUUUCAUUUUGUUUACGUUUUGAGCAUUAGAUAGUGAGAUUUAGUUUUCCAUUGUGAGUACGUUCGUGAAGUGUGUUUCAAAGUGAACGAGAUAUUGUGAUCAUAUUUAGCAAACUAAACUAAUAGGUUAGCGCAGUUAGGAUAGUACUGUUUAGUAGGCCAACUCAAUAGAAGAAAUCGAAAAACCCGAAACUAACAAAAAUGUAGUAUUCCCAUGUUUCCUUGUUAAACGAUAGUGUCCAAGUUAAGAAGGGUAGAUGUUUUCAACUUCAACGUUUAUGUAGGAAUAUAAGGCGCGCACAGGUUGGCGCGUUAGAAUAAAUUUUAAUGUUUCUAAUCAAGACAAAAAAUAUUAAAACUCGUUGCAUUUUUAAGCGCUUCACCGAAGCAGUUUAUUUCUAGGCGUCGUCAAUUAGUUGUGAGAAUUUAUUAGACUAGGACAUGCCGCACUUGUCAGUAGAGGGAAAUAAUAUUAUGUUCCAAGUAAUUGUUUGAGGGGACAUAAUCUUAAUCGACCAUUUUUGUCCCUGCUCAAUUUGCGUAAGAACUGGAUAACAGUGUAUUAACAACGGCUAUACAAUAACUUAUGACACAAAGGAACUAUGAAUUGAUUGGAUACUUCAUUGAUUUUUUUUUAUCAAAGAAGUCAGAACAACAAAAAUUUGAAAAGUCUGCGUAAUUUGCGUAAAUUCAUCAUUGCCAUUGUCGUUCACUCUUUAUUUCUGAAGUAUAUUCUGAAGCAACAUAGCGUUGGAUAAUGGGUGGUGAAUCCUUUUUUGCUGUAGAAUUUUCUUUCAGUCAUUAAGUUCCGGCUUCAAUGACGAAGUAUUUGAUACACCAUUUAAAACGCAUAAUAUGGUUUGACACAACUUACAAUAAAGUCAAGAAACAUGCUUAUAAUUUCACCAGUUCCAGUUAUUUAAAUUUAUUUUGAUUUAUGCUUUCAUAAAUUGGGAUCAAUGCUUCUACUUGACUGAUGAAAUUUUUAUGUUUUAAGCACACUUUAAUUUCAAGUCUCACGAACUGCACGCACACUCUGAUAGGACCUUUUCUCGGGUGUGAGAAAAGUAUCUCUACUACAUACUAAUGGACAAAACAAUUGCAGUUUAGCAACAAACAACACUGCUGACAAAAGGUAAUAACUAACUAAAUGAAACAUUUAACAAUCAACUACGUUCUGAAAAUUGCAUUAGUUCUAGCUUUCACAUGGUUUGCACAAAAGAUCAAACUUUACGAAGACUAGAUAUUUUGAAGCACUCUUUUAUUUUAAACAGUUAAGUACAACAAAGAUUCCGCCCGGUCGAGGAAUGUCCCCUCUACAAAAGUAAUAACACAUAUUUUCAUAGUUUGCAAAUAAUUAGAAGUGAUUUACCAACUUGAUGGCCUAAUCCUCUGACUCAUUCAUAUAGAUUGUUCAUAAUAUUGAAGACGUCCAGGUUCAUUUUCAUUUUCAUUUUUGUUUUCAUUGAAUAUGAAUCCACGAACUGACGAUACGGCCUUUUGCACUAAAUAUUGCAUU